UCCUUAUUUGAUCCCACUUAAUUAAAAAAAAAUAUAUAGAAACAUAUUUUUUAAUAAAGGAUAAUUUUGAUAAAUAUUACAAAGUCUGUUCUUAUUUCUUAACAACACAUAAAAUGAAAUGGAAAAUAUACUUUAUACAAUGAGAUUAGUUGUUUACAUUAUUAAUUACCACCACCAGUGAGAUUAGUUUUAGUCAUUGGAACUUUGUUCCCCCCCUCUCCCGGCGAUAUUGAGCUCAUCAAAUAGCGCUACAAUGGGUGAUAAUACUCAAACACAAAAUCCCCAUAUAGUGAUGCUACCAACUCCUGGCAUGGGUCACUUAAUCCCUCUCCUCGAAUUCGCCAAACGACUCGUGUUAAGACACGACGACUUCUCUAUAACUAUCAUCCUAAUUCCUACAGAUCAUCAUGGCUCCAUCUCCGAAACUCUCGACGCAUCUCUUCCCUCAUCCAGCAUCAAUUAUAUCCUUCUUCCUCCCGUUAACUUUGACGAUUUAUCGGUUGAUGUUAAAAUCGAAACGCGGAUUUGCCUCACGAUUACGCGUUCACUUGCAUCCCUCCGUCAGGUUCUCAAGUCCAUCGUUGAAUCCAAAAACAGAGUAGUAGCCUUUGUGGCUGAUUUGUUUGGGACUGAUGGAUUUGACGUGGCCAAUGAGUUGAAGGUUUCACCUUAUCUGUUUUACCCUUCAACAGCUAUGAUGUUGUCACUAGAUUUUUAUUUAUCGGAGCUUGACCAGAUUGUUCCUUGUGACUAUAAAGACUUGCAAGAGCCUGUUUGCAUCCCAGGGUGCAUGCCUAUACAUGGGAAGGAUCUUCCAGACCCACUCCAUGAUAGAAAAGAUGAGGCAUACAAAUUGACUCUUCGCCAAACUAAGAGGUUCAAAAUGGCCCACGGUAUUAUUUUGAACAGCUUUAUUGAUAUGGAGCCUGGACCUAUUAAAUAUCUGCAAGAUGGGAACGAUAAUCCAAAAAUUUAUCCAGUUGGACCAGUUACAGUACUAGCUGACAAAACUAAUAGUGAUGAGUCACAAUGUUUGAAAUGGCUUGAUGAGCAGCCAAGUGGAUCAGUACUCUACGUUUCAUUUGGAAGUAGUGGAGUGCUAUCACAUAAGCAGAUAAUUGAAAUAGCAACAGGGUUAGAAAUGAGUGGACACAGAUUUUUGUGGGUGGUUAGAUGUCCAAAUGAUAGAAUUCCCAAUGCAGCGUACUUUAAUAUCCAAAAUCUAAGUAACCCUCUUGAUUUUUUACCUAAUGGCUUCUUGGAUAGGACCAAGGGGCUAGGUCUUGUGCUACUCAAUUGGGCACCACAGGUUCAACUCCUUAACCACAGUUCGAUCGGUGGAUUCUUGUCUCACUGUGGAUGGAAUUCAAUUCUGGAAAGCGUGGUUUAUGGCGUUCCACUUAUCACUUGGCCUCUCUUUGCAGACCAAAGAUCGAAUGCGGUCAUAUUAACCCAAGAUAUAAAAGUGGCAUUGAGGCUAAAAGUUUGUGACGAUGAAAUUGUUGCGCGAUUCAAAAUUGCUCAAGUUGUGAAAGAACUGAUGGAAGGUGAAGAGGGAAAACGAGUGCGUAAUAGAAUGAAAGAGCUAAAAGAUGCAGCAAUAAAGGCGUUGGAUGUAGAUGGCUCUUCUACCAAAACACUAGAUGAACUUGCUUCACAGUUUAAAAGUGUUAUCAUAUGAUUAAUUAGUUCAUUAGUAGCACAGCAACUUAGGUUGAAGGGUUUUUUUUUUUGUCUUUUUUAUGAUUAAGACUUUUAUGUAAGACUAAUAAAUGCAACUUUAAUAAUUCUAAGAUGGUUGAUUUUCUACUAAAA